CGUAGAUGACUUACAGCCUGGAGGAUCACAAAGAUCUACAGGAGCAGAGAAAAACAAGCUGCAGAGAUGAGAGCCACAUCUGCAAACCGUGCCGUUUCCCUGACAGCUGUUGUGAUGGUGCUAACCUCUGUACUGCUGCAGGGAGUCCAAGCAGGAGUAGUGAGUGACUUCAACCAUGCAGAGAGCUGCAAGGACUCCCUGUAUAUGGGAACCCCACCAAGAGGUUAUCUAAACAACGCCUUUAAGAAGAUCUGCCAGAGGUACGAGGAUAAACCACGCUACGCCACAGUGUAUGACCCCCGCAAACACAUCCCCAUCUUCUCUGCGUACACGUUCAAGAAGUCAGACGGAGAGAAGAAGGUGGACUUCCCCUGGAUGUUUGAGCCUCAGUUGGCAUCCGAGAAGAGUAGCAGCAACAUGGAGCCUUUCCCCCAGUCUACAAGAAUGCACAUGAACUUCGAGGACACCCAGGCCGUCCUCGAAGAUUACGCCGACGUUGUCCAGUACGAACGCGGACAACUAAACCCCGACGAGCACCAAGCAGACCCUCUGGACAAGGCCUCCACCUACAGCUUGACAAACGUGGUUCCUCAAAUAAGGGAGUUCAACCUGGGCCCAUGGGCCGAACACCAGGACAUCAUCCGCAAACGACUCAAUAACUACUGCAGAGGAAAGGCCUACGUUAUCACCGGGGUCACCACCUCCGGACACACGAUCCGCCGCAACAACAUGGACCGGUUGGCCGUGCCAGAGUACAUGUGGUCGGCUUACUGCUGCACGGAGUUUGACCAGAAUGCACCGUACUUUGUGCGCUACAAGUUCCCCGUGUUUGGAGCAUACGGGCUGAACGACCGCGUCAACAACCAGAUGGUGGAGGUUCCCCUGAAGAACCUGGAGAAGUUCCUCAAAGGGAGGAUGGAUGUGGACAAGAACUUCCAAAUAUUCUAUAACGACUGUGUGCCAGAAAACUAAGGAGAUUGAUGUAAUAGCAGCUUUUAAGUGUGUUAUUAAUUUAAAAAGAUAAUUUUAAGAAUAAGUCAGAGAUUGACAUACCUGGUAUUUAAACUCUAUCCCAUAUUUGAGAAAUUUGAAUUUGAUGUUUUGCCCCUUAUUUUACUUAGUAAUAAAUA